AUUCCCCUGUGUGUAUGACCACACUUUACCAUUUCUGUGCGAGACUAUAUAUCGCAAAAGUUCGUUGCUCCUUUACAGAGGACUAUAUAGCGUUUUGCUUGUCACACAGCAAUAAGAUAACCCGCGCAGACAUCAUACCAUGCAUGAAAGACAUAUACUACGCCUCCGGGGCGUAAAAUUUAAGCCUCAUGCUCACUCUCCUUUUGGCCAUCAUCGCCACCUCUGUCUCUCGCUCUCAACCAAAUUCUCUCACCAACGAGCAUACUCAUCCACCACCGAUGAGAGCACGCCAUCUCAAUUCACGCCUUCAGAGCGUCUGAUUGGCCGAACAUGCAUGAUCACAGGCGGCACAUCCGGCAUCGGCUUCGCCAUUGCGGACCGUUUUGUCCAAGAAGGUGCAUCGCGGGUGAUCCUUGUCGGACGAUCCUACGAGCGUCUCUAUAACGCUGCAACUCGACUAAAUAUUUCCCCAUCCAUCAGGCGCACACAAAGCACAGGGACACAAGAAACCGCAUCCAUAGAAUUCCAACGGCACCACCUCAUCGAAACCUCCGAGAAGAUCAACCUACUCGUCGGCGACAUCUCCGAAGCGGGAUCCUGGGCGCGUGAGCUCGAAAGGGUAAUGCAAACCACCAACCUCGACAUCCUCGUCAACGCAGCUGGUCUCUCCAUCUCCUCCAUCCUCCCCAAAUCUGAACCCCCCGAUAUCUCACGCAUCCUACGCACGAAUCUCGAAGGCUCACUACUCACCUCCCGAGCGUUCAUCCGCGCCUCGAUACGCAACCGCAUGAAGAAGAACCGAGACACCAGCUCAUCAAACCCACCAGCGCCUUCAAAAUGCAUCAUCAACAUCUCCUCCCUACUAGCACACAAAUCCGGAACAGGGGCCGUUCCGUACGCUGCCUCCAAGGCCGGGAUUCUCGGGUUAACACGGUCAGUCGCUGUCGAGGCUGCAGCUUCACUCAGAGACGUGUCCAUUAGAUCCAAUGUGAUUGUACCGGGGUACAUUGAGACGCCCAUGAUUUCUGAUUUUUCAGAAGGCGAGACAACCCGCUUGAAGGACUUGAUCCCUCUGCGACGAUUUGGUCGACCGGAUGAAGUGGCUGAUGCGGCUGUGUUUCUGGCUCAGAAUGAGUAUGCGAAUAAUUGCGUGCUUAAUCUGGAUGGCGGAUUGAGUGCUGUCUGAUCUGGGUUUGUCGAACGGGAUACGUGAAAUAUAUGGAUAGACUUUGAUGAGAAUUUGGAAGUGCAGAGUUAUAGAACGGGUCUAUUAACUGCAUUUUGUGUGUACGAUCCGAGGAAUGGGGGCGCAAGUUAAAGACAC